CAUUACUUUAACUUCAUCAUUGAGACAGAAUAAGAGCUUGGUUUCUAGCUCUCGCCCACUCUGGGUGGUGUUAGGUACAUGGAAUGUGAGGGGGAAAAAAGGAAGGAUUGAUCGAGUCUUGAUAAUUCUCAACUCCUUUGAUUUCCUUGUUUGUUUUCUGUUACUAGACCACUUUGAUUUGCGAGUAGCAGAUUUGCAAGACCUCAUUCAAGGUGGCAGCCUCAAUGGCAGAGUUUCGGUGAGGAGACAAAGCUUGAACAUGAUGAUGGUGAUGAUGUCGUACAGUUUCAAAUCCCUAAAUCAAUGGCCUCACUGAACCUCCUACUUUCUUGGAGCUUCUUCUUCCACUCCUAGCUAGUCCUCUAUUUGCGAACUCAAAGAAGAGCUACUUCAUGCUGAACACUUCCACUUUCUUGCUACGUCUCCUUGAGUAUCAACACUUAAUUUGGGCUAAAUCGAGGUGCUCAAGAAGAGUUUCUUCAACUCGCUGUUGAAUCGGGAACAUGAAAGUUACUACUGCUCCAAACCGACCUCCACCUCCUCCUCGAUGCCGCCUAUAUCCAAUUGCCACCUCCACCUCUCCCGUUCGGCUCACCGCCCCAGGUCCAUCCAAUAUCCUCUUCUCGACUGCAGCCAAAUCCAAGCCCAUCGACCACGCUCUCAAACUCUUCCAUCUCCUCCCACUCUCUGCUCGCGACACCGUCACCUGGAACACCGCUAUCUCCAUCUGCCUCCGACACCGCCGCAUCCACACCGCCCUCCGCCUCUUCCGCCACAUGCUCCUUUUCUCCCCUUACCAACCCGACAUCAUCACCCUGCGCUUGCUUUUCAGAACCCUCUCCCAUACUAAUCAUUUCCCGCUCUUGCCUCAGGUCCACGCUUAUACGCUCAAGCACCAACAUCGCCUCACCUCCUCGGAGCUCACCAUCUGCACCACAUGUUUGCUCAAUUUAUACCGCAAGUUUGGACGUGUGGAACUCGCCCGUCAGCUGUUCGACGCAAUUCCCGACAAAGAUACCAUUGCCUUCACUUCCAUGUUGAUGGCUUACAGGGAGGAGGAAAGUGCAUCAGCCUUGUUUAUCGGUCAGCAGAUCCACGCACUUGUAGUUAAAUCCGGCAUGGCGUCUGGUGUAUAUGUAGGUGCUUGCUUAGUUGCAUUUUAUGCAAAAUGCCGGGAAAUGGCAUGCGCGAAGAGAGCAUUCUUUGGCAUUUCUGAGCCUACUGUUGUGUCAUGGAACGCCCUCCUGGCUGGGAAAUCGAAAUUGUUGGAUUCGGAUGGAGGAGGAUUCCAGCUAUUUUGUCGCAUGAGGUCUUCAGGUUUGAAUCCCGAUCAUGAUACAUUUGCCGGUGUUCUUCGAUCUUGUAGGGAGGGCAUUGGAAUUGGAGAAGUGAGAGAGUUGCAUGGAUUUGCCACCAAGAUGAUGGAGAUUAAAUUUGAUUUGUUUGUGGGCAUUGCUCUCUUUGAAGCAUAUCUGGAUCAUGGGUGCUUCAAUGAAGCUCAACAAGUGUUUUCUGGGUUGGUGGAAAAGGAUGAUGUGGCCUACAACUUGGCAAUUCAAGGGUACACUAGAAAUGGGCAAGUACCGGCCGCUGUCAACUUGUUUAUUGAAUGCUUAAAGACGAAGAGGGAAUUGAGAGAGUUGACACUAUCAUCUACCUUGAAGGUAGUAGGAUUGCAUUCCGGAAAACAAUUGCAUGCUGUGAUGAUCAAGUAUGGAUGCAGAUGUGAACGACUUUUCAACUCCUUGACUAAAAUGUAUUUGGACCAUCAUGUUUUGGAUGAUGCAAUCAACGUGCUUGAACACUUUGAUAAGCAGGAACUCACCUUGUGGACUUCACUUAUCUCAGGUCUUUCAAGGAUAGGCGAGAGUGAACUUGCAUUGAAGCUUUAUGCUACAAUGACAACAGAGGAACCAGUGCACCAGCCAGCUCCAAAUCAUUACAUCUUCUCAGCCCUUCUUAGCUCAUGUGCACAUAUUGCAGCAGUUGAAGAAGGAAAACAGAUUCAUGCACAGAUAAUCAAGUCAGAUAUCAGAAUGAAACAUGAGUUAUUUGUUGCAAGUAGCUUGCUGUGCAUGUAUGCAAAGUCAGGAUACAUAGAAGAAGCCAUUAGGCUAUUUGAAGAGACGCCGAAACGAGACAUAGCCACUUGGAAUGCAAUGAUCAGUGCCCUAGCUCAGCAUGGUUUUCCUGAAAGAGCAAUUGGCAUAUUCGAAGAAUUAGUUAACCUCAAGGAACCAAAGCCUAACAACAUCACAUAUAUAGCAGUUCUAUCUGCAUGCAAUCACUGUGGUUGGCUAGAGGUUGGCUACCAGUAUUUCAAAACCAUCAAGGAGCCAACAAUCAAUCACUAUGCCUGUGUGAUAGAUAUGUUUGCCCGAGCGGGAAAGUCGGAAGAAGCAAUUGAGUUUGUAGACAAAAUGCCUUUUAAAGGGAAAGAACACAUUUGGUCUUCCUUGCUGGCCUCCAGUUGUGCCAAUAGAAACAUUGAAUUGGGGGAGUACGCAGCUAAGAAGCUGCUGGAACUAAAUCCAAUAGACCCUGGAACAUACAUUGCCUUAUCGAAUCUAUAUGCUGCUUGUGGAAGAUGGGGUGAUGCUCAUCAUGUUAGGAAGCUUAUGAAGUCCACCUCAGACAAAAAACAUUCUGGGGUUAGCUGGUUAACAGUAAAUUCACGACGGUAUGCUUUCACAAAUGAAAGGAGCCAUAUCUAAUUAUCAUUGCUUGCUGGGUAAUAAAAUUAUGUUUGUUUGAUGUUAAUUGACGCCAACAGUAUGCUUGCUGAGUAAAUAUAUGCCACCACAAUGGUCUGACACAUCAUCGAUCUGUAGUGCCAUAGCUGGGAGAUCUGGCAGGAACAAUCAGUAACUUAGUUAAUGCAACUGUUAGAAGAUGUAGCAGCACUAGCAGUGAGAAUAUAAAUUUCAAGACCUAUAAAUAUUGUUUAAGGAAAUUGAGAAAGGAUCUGCUUCCAGCUAUAGUAUUAGACAGAGGGUGACAAAGUAGGAGAGAGAAAUCUUUGUGGCAACCUCAUGAACGUAACUCAGUAGUUUGCCUGAAUUGCGUCAACCCCAACCUGCGAGAUAAGUCUCUCAUGAGGACUCUGAGAAGAUUCAUUGGCCUAUCUAGUACAUGAUUAAAAUGUCAAGAUGCUAAAAGGCGGACUUUGGAUUUGCCUUGCAACUAUCUAAAUUGUUGCAUUCAGUAUGUAGUGCCCCCAAUGGGACUAUAUAGAAAUAUUGAUAUAGUUUGUUGAUAUGCUA